ACACCAAAUAAGUACACACGAGAUCCAAUCACACUGCUUACUCCUUUCCGACGUAUAAAAAAAAACUUCUUACCAGUAGCCUAGGUAUUGACGUUGGAAUUUGGCUUCCUUUCACAUGGAUCCAGGUAUGUCACAAUCUUCUUUCCGUUGUUUCCUUUGUAUUUCUAUGCGUGAUCGCUUAGUGUGGUGUUACCUGAUACUUGUUCCACAAGUUUGUUGCCUGAACAUUUAAUCGGUUGUUACCAGAGGAAACCAUGAUCGGAAGAUCUGAGAAUGAGUUGCCGGAUUUCUUUUCGAUGUUGCCUGAAUCACUUACUCAUCACAUAUUGUCAUUCCUUCCGUUCAAGCAUAUCGUCCGUACUUUAGUCUUGUCUAAGAUGUGGAGUCGCAUUUGGUUCAAUUACCCUAACAUCGAUUUGUUUUUAAAUGAGGAGAGUUACAAGCGUAGACGACAUCGACGCUCUUUCAUAGAUCACAUUAAAUCAGUCAUGGAUCAAUGCAUUCUUCGAAAAGCUUGCAUACAUAAGUUGCAGUUAAAAGUUUAUGCUGAUAACCUGGAGGAGUUGGCCCCCAUUAUGGAUCAGUGUUUGAGGGCUGCAAUUGAGAGGAAUGUUUCUGAGCUAGUGUUUGAGAUGAAUUUUGCUCCAACCACUUACUAUAAUAUUCCGAAGGAAGUAUUUGUCUCUAAUUCACUGAAGGUAUUAGAGCUUGAGGGGUGUAAGUUUGACGAUAGUUUUUCCUGCACUAAUCUUCCACAUCUACAGAAGCUCACAACCAUGCAGUGCCUGUUUGCCGGUGAGAACGUCUUAUCCAAGAUUUUAUGUGGCUGUCCUGAGUUGGAGUAUAUGCAAGCUUUAGUAUGUGAAGGCAUGAGAAGAUUUCUCUCGGUUUCUUGUAAACCUAGAUUGAAAUAUUUUCACAUUGGGUGUUUCGACGAGCUCGAGAUGAUUGAGAUCUUUGUACCCAGUCUUGAAACGUUAAAAUGUGAUAUUCCAUAUUCAUGUUCCAUUGACUUGGCUAGCUGCACUCUACUCAAACAUUUGGAACUAGACCAAGCUAUCCUCUCUUCUGAUUAUGUCCCUGUUCAGUAUCUUUUAUCUAACCUUCUCCAAAUUGAAGAAUUGCAUUUGUCUAACUGUAAAACAGCUGACAAAAUUCAAAUCUCAAGUCCAUGCCUCAAGAGACUUGUCAUGAUGGAGCGCGAAAGCUUUCCUGGUGCUGAACUUGACAUCCCAAAUUUACUUAGUUUAGACUUCUUUUCUAUGGGUGAAUGUAAUUUGAAUAACCGGUUCAGUUCUUGGAAUGUUCCCAAGGUAGAAGAAAUUCACAUGCUGUUUUCUGUUAAAAGCUUUCAGAGUUCUUGCAGGAGUGGACUGAAGGGGUUCCUUAGGCAGUUACAAAAUUAUGAAGAUGUAAAAUUGAUUCUACAGUGCAGAGGUAAACAGGAUCUAAUUAUGCAUGAGAAACUGCAAGCAGUUUCCUUUUCUUCUCUGAAUAAAUUCUUAAAAAAGGCACAGCCAAAAUUUGUGCUUAUAUCAUCUAGAAGAGAUGAUUCGUUCUUGGCUCGUUUGCUGGUUUCUAGAGAAGACAGUAUUAGUCUAUCCAUGAUAUGUUCAUCUCGCAGAAGCAUGGAGUUGCUGCACAAGAAAUUGAGCAAUGAAUCAUUUCUCAAGUGUUGGUAUAGCGAAUUUCAGCUAGUUUCUAUUGGGGAGAUAGAGCAUGAAAUGGACUCUGAUUGGAAAUCCUUCAUUAAGACCCAUUCAACGGGUUACCACACUGCUAGAAUAAAUCUCAUCAGGAGAGGUGCAUGGACAUGAUCUGUUUAAUUUAGCACGUGUUUGAAAGAGCGCUAGGUGGUGGCCCCUGACCGGGCUUAAUCUGGCCUUGAUGGGCCCAUAAGAAGAAGAAAAAAACUCUAGUGCAGGUUGGUGCUUAUAUUCACAUCAAUCAGAUGAUACUUGGUAUCUGUAACACUGCGCUUCUGCAAUGACAAUCCAUUCUAAAAGGUGUUGAGUCUUUACAUUCUUUAUAAUAGUUAGUUUUUGGUGGGGGGAGCACUGGAGCAGGCCUACCCGGGCCGGUCCUUGGCCGGGCCGCCGGUUCGGGCCAGUUCAAACAGUGACCGGGCCGGGCCGCCCGCCCCGAGUCCACCCCUAUUUUGGACCCCACUUUAAUUUUCAGUCGACAUCUUGCAUUUAAGCUAAACACAAUCCACUCCCGUCAGUAAAUCAAAUUUCGCACUAGUUCAUAUGUAUUCAUUCAAUCAAUUUAAUAUUGUGUAUCAUUAAAA